CAAGCUUUACAAAACCAACAUAAAACCACAAUAAUGUCAUUAAAGCAUAAGUUGGGCUGUCUUAAUCUGUUUACCAGUGGGUUUCCUUUACUCAUAGCCACACACCCAAAAGGCGAAGGUGGGAACAGUGCGAAUCUAGAAGCUUCACAUUUUCCAUUUAAUACUGGAGGUGAUUUAGAAGGUAUAAUCUACAGACCCACACUGCGCUUGGAACUGUAAUCCAUUCGCUCACUCAUCUCCGAGGGAAAAAAUGGCGGACUGGGGACCCAUUUUAGUGGGGGUUAUUCUCUUCGUACUGCUGUCACCGGGAUUGUUGUUUCAGUUGCCAGGGAACAGCCGUAAAGUGGAGUUCAGCUCCUUUCACACAAGCGGUCCAUCCAUCUUGGUGCAUUCUCUCAUAUUUUUCGGAAUCUAUGCUAUAUUUAUAAUAGCCAUAGGAAUACAUGUGCAUUUUGGUUGACUGUAAGCUAUGGCUCCUACAUUCUGUUCUUAAAACCCCAGAUCUGUCCAAACCUGGUUAAAUAUGUGGAAUUUUUGAGCCAGGAUGAAAAUUAUUUAUGGACAAUGAUGUAUGCGUAUGUUUUGUUUUGCAAUGGAUAAUGCUUUGGCUUUCUGGAGCUUCCUGUUCAGGCAGCAUUUCCUUUUGAAUGCUGUCUUGAAUUUGUUCUAAAAUUGGAGACCAAAAAUAUUUUGAUUAUAUAUGAUGAUUUACAGUGUAUGCUUGAUUAUUA